CGUGUUGCGGAGCGGGAGCGGGAGCGGGAGCGGGCCCUGGAGCUCGGGGCUGUGGGGCCGCGGGGCCGGGGCAGAGGCUGGACCCUGGGCCGGGGCCGGCACCACGACCACGACCACGGGGCUGGGGCUGGGCCUGGGCCUGGGCCUACAGCUGCCGCCCGCCGCUGACCCACAGGGCGAUGUCGGGGAACCGGGGACUCGCAUCGAGCUGCUGCACGGGACAACAACACUGUGCCUGAAGUUCAACCACGGCGUGGUGGUAGCGGUGGACUCCCGGGCCACGGCGGGCUCCUACAUCGCAUCGCAGACGGUGCGGAAGGUGAUCGAGAUCAACCCCUACCUGCUGGGCACGAUGGCGGGAGGCGCGGCGGACUGCAGCUUCUGGCAGCGUCUCCUGGCCCGCCAGUGCCGCGUCUACCAGCUACGCAACAAGCAGCGCAUCUCGGUGGCUGCCGCCUCCAAGCUGCUCGCCAACAUGGUGUACCAGUACAAGGGCAUGGGGCUGUCUAUGGGCACCAUGAUCUGUGGCUGGGACAAGAGAGGACCAGGUCUGUACUAUGUGGACAAUGAGGGGAACCGUGUGUCGGGAGACGUGUUCUCGGUGGGCUCGGGGUCGGUCUAUGCGUACGGCGUGCUGGACCGGGUCUACAAGCCCGACCUGGAGCCGGCGGCGGCCUACGACCUUGCCCGCCGCGCCAUCUACCACGCCACGUACCGCGACGCCUACUCCGGCGGGACCGUCACCCUGUACCACGUGCGGGAGAGCGGCUGGGAGCGCAUCAGUGCCGACGACGUGUCUGACCUCCACGUCAAGUUCCAGCGGGAGGGCAGGGAGGGCUGUGAGUGA